AUGAGUUCAGAGUCGGGCACCUGGGGAUUCCCACUGCUCUACCCCCGUAACUGUGUGAUAGGGACAACGCGGGUCUGGCUCUGCGAAGUUCCGUCUGGGCCCGCCAGAGGGCGCCCGGGGGACGGGGCGGCGGAGGAGCCGGGACCCCGGGAACCUGGGAAAGGGCUGUGGCGGUGUCGCCGGGUCCGCACGCAGCUCAAGUCCGAGGGUCGGAGGGAUGGCCAGGCAGUCCGGAUUCAGGGGAGUUGGGCGCUCCGUGAAGCCGGAUUCCGGGGAUUGCACGCCCCGUUGGGGGGGAGUCGUAGUCGAGUUAUUCUGAGACGCCGCGGCGGCUCGGAAGCCGUCUCCCCACGACCCUCCAGCCGGGAAGAGGCUGCUCCCGGAUCGCGUCUGGGGUGGGUGUCCGGGCCCUGGUCCUGCGAUGCCCCGGGCCGAGGAGAGGACAUCUGA